AUGCGUCAGUUGCAGGCCGACCUGCUGCGUGUCGAGUAUAUCCGGGCCAGCAGUUACGGCAGCGGCACCGAAUCGUCCGGCGCGGUCAGCAUCGAGGGCACGCCGCUGGCGGCCAACAUCACGGGGCGGCACGUGCUGGUCGUGGACGACAUUUCCGAUACGGGCCACACGCUGGUGGCCGUGUCCGACCAUUUGCGUGAGAUGAGCCCGGCGUCGCUGCGCCUGUGCACGUUGCUGGACAAAGGGGGGGUCGACAUAGCUAUUAUCGUGGGUUUCACAAUCCCCAACUACUUCGUGGUGGGAUACGGAGGACUUGGACGAGCGAUACCGGGCACUGCCAGCAGGUUUACUAGCUUUCCUGAUGGGUGA